AUGGGCGUGAUGGAUCACGCUGAGGCAGCGAAGCUGGAGUACGACACGGACGUGGUCUCGUAUGCGGAGCCGGACGAUUUCUUCUACCGCACGCACGAUCCUCCUACGAUCGAUCGGCAGGGCGGGGAUAUGGGCACGCAGUACCGAUCUGCGAUCUUCACGACGACACCGGACCAGCAGACGGAUGCGCAGCGCGUCAUGGAGGAGGUGCAAGCGAAGCAUUUCACGCGCAAGGGCUUGAAGAUAGUCAUGCAGAUCUUACCAGCCGGUCCGUGGUGGGACGCCGAGGACUACCACCAGCUACCCCGGACCAAGCGCGGACACUGCGCCGAUUCCGGUAACCGCGCCAAGGGAGAACGUGUGGGCAAACUUCGACCGGGAGGACUAAUGACUCAGAAUAUACCUGGUUUGAUUGCGUUCCUUGUCUCGUCGUUUAUCUUUGGCGACGCGUUCGGCAUGGUUAGUUCGUCGUCGGACAACGUGAAGGUCUCCACCGACUCGCGUGCCUCGCUGUACAACUCCCAGACUGCCGCGAGCAAAGAGUCGGAGGCCGAAGACGCGUCCCUGACGGAUCUCGCGCUCAAGCACCCGUGGUUCCUGCGCAUCCUGUUUGCAAAGCACAAGGUCCUGAAGAACUUCGAGGGCUACGUCGACCGCAUGGCGGACGACAUCCUGAACGGCUACGAGAAGCAAGACACCUGCAUGAUGAGCUCGCUGAUCAGCUCGCUCGCUAGGCAUCCUGCGGGGGAGUUCCGGUCGUCGAACGCGGAGGUUUUGUCUCAGGGGCGCGUUGAGAUGUGA